GGCUCCCCCAACGGAACCGCCGCCGAGAGCAAUUAGCCAGCAUCCCGCCCCGGCCCCCGGACGCGCCCCCGGCCCAGGGCGAGGAUGAGCGGGACAGGCGAGGCACCAAGUCGAAACUCAACUUUUUAAAAACAUUUGCGUGUGUAUAUGUAUGUGAGGGGGGAGGAUGAGCUGAGGCCGAGGGUCCGGCCACCCCCCUCCGCCGCCGCCUCCCCCUGCGGCCGCUGCCCUCGCACACGCGCGCGCACACACACGGCGCGGGGCCGGGUUUCCGCGCACUGUCCCCCGGCUUGGAUGCGAGUUUUCAUUUCCGAAGGAGGCAGAGCCCGCGGAGCGCGCUGAAGGACUGGGGCCCCCGUCACUCCUCGCCAGCACCGGCCGCCGCUGUCACUCGCAGGCUGGCAGGGAAAGGGACCCGCACGCCUGGCUUUGUGGUGGAAAUCCGGGUUACCUGGCUAAUAACCCACACUAUGGAUAACUUCCUGGACUUUGCCGGAAAGGACUCAGUAGUGCCACUGGAUAUUUGACCAUCCUGGCUGCGGGGUUUUUCAGAAUGAAUGGAAGGUCAUGCAGCAUGAGUCUCCACCGGACGUCGGGAAGCCCCCAGGGGCCUGGGAUGGUCAGUGGCCACCACAUCCCUCCCAUCUGCGCCCAUUCCGGGACUCCUAGCCCCUCGUCCUGUGGCAGCACGUUGAGCUCCGCUAUCGGAAGUCUCGGAAGUCUCGCUAACAGCCUCCAUCUCAAGAUGCCGUCGGGAGGAGGGCUGGCCCCUCAGAGCGGCGCGGCCGAGAGCCGCCUCCAUCUUCCUGCCCUGAGCCCCCGGAGACAAGUGCUCACCAACGGGAAGCCACGAUUCCAGGUCGCCCAGGCUGGAGGCAUGUCAGGGCCACACACUUUAAAGCCAAAGCAGCAGGAGUUUGGAAGUCCCUUUCCUCCAAAUCCUGGGAAAGGGGCUCUUGGCUUUGGGCCUCAGAGCAAGUCCAUUGGAAAAGGCAGCUGCAACAAUCUAGUGGUCACCAGCAGUCCCAUGACGGUUCAGCGACUGGGACCCAGUUCACCUCCAGCGAGCCAGGUCUCCACAGCACGCAGCCACACCAGUCCUAGCUUACAGAGGGCAAUGACCGCUGCCAGCCUGCAUAUACCUCCUUCUGAUACCAGGUCCCUUAUUUCUCGUGAGUCUUUGGCGUCCACGACUUUGAGUCUGACGGAAAGUCAGUCUGCGUUGAGCGUGAAACAAGAAUGGUCUCAUGGCUACAGGGCGGCCCCGGUGCUGCCCUCCAGCCACGGCUCCCAGAAUGGCAUCGAUCUAGGGGACCUCCUUAGCCUUCCUCCGGGGACGGCCAUGGCCAGCCACAGUGUCUCUAACUCACUGCCGUCCUACCUUUUCGGUGCGGACAACGGCCACUCUCCUUACCCGAGCCCCCGGCACUCGGCGGCCAGGUCCCACUCGGCCCGCUCCAAGAAGAGAGCGCUGUCCCUGUCCCCGCUGUCCGACGGCAUUGGGAUCGACUUCAAUACCAUCAUCCGCACCUCGCCCACGUCGCUGGUGGCCUACAUCAACGGCUCGAGGGCCUCCCCGGCCAGCUUGUCCCCGCAGCCCGAGGUCUAUGGGCAUUUCCUGGGGGUGCGCGGCAGCUGCAUCCCCGCUCCAUGCCCUGGGCCCAGCGGCCAGAAGGGCGUGCAGGCGGCGGGCAUCGGCCCCGCGCCCCCGGCCUAUGGCCAGGAAGGCGCCCUGGAGCAGGAACGCACGCACCAGCUGGAGCCCGGCCUGGCCCCCACGGCGCUGCAGCUCGGCCUGCCCGAGCCCGGUGGCCUGCUCAAGACCGAGCGCCUGGACGACUUCCCGCGCCAGGAGCUGGGCCCCCGCGCGCCGCUGGCCCCGCCGCAGGCCGCGCCCGACGACAGUGGCGAGCUGGACGACGCGGGUGGCAAGCACUGCUGUCGCUGGAUCGACUGCAACGCGCUGUACGAGCAGCAGGAGGAACUUGUGCGCCACAUCGAGAAGGUCCAUAUCGACCAGCGCAAAGGGGAAGACUUCACCUGCUUCUGGGCCGGCUGCCCUCGCAGGUACAAGCCGUUCAACGCCCGGUACAAACUGCUCAUCCACAUGCGAGUCCACUCCGGGGAGAAGCCCAACAAGUGCACGUUUGAAGGUUGCAAGAAGGCCUUUUCAAGGCUUGAGAAUCUCAAGAUCCACUUGCGGAGCCACACAGGCGAGAAGCCUUACGUGUGCCAGCACCCCGGCUGUCAGAAGGCGUUCAGUAACUCCAGCGACCGCGCCAAGCACCAGAGGACACACGUGGACACUAAACCUUAUGCUUGUCAAAUUCCAGGAUGCACCAAACGCUACACAGACCCAAGUUCCCUAAGAAAGCAUGUGAAGGCACAUUCUUCCAAAGAUCAACAAGCGAGAAAAAAGCUGCGGUCCAGCACGGAGCUACCUCCCGACCUGCUCACGGACUGCCUCACGGUGCAGCCCCUACCCUCGGCCACUUCCCCACGAGACGCCGCGGCCGAUGGCGCAGUGGGACGCUCCCCCGGGCCCGGACCUGACCUCUAUCCAGCCUCCAUCUUCUCCAGUAGCCACUCGAGCCGGAGCACAGCUGUCGCCGGGGCCGUGCCAGCCCCACACCCUGUCGCUCACCCUUCUCCAGGACACAGCAUGCAGGGGAGCCCCCACACCCCCGCCCCCCAGCUACCCCCGCUCGCGGCCGUGGACACGGGCGCCGACAGGUUUGUGUCUUCCGCCCCAUCCCCUCACAUCAGCCCCCGGAGGGUCCCGGCUGCACCUCCGGUCCUGCAGAGCGCGCAGCCCCCCCCCACCCAGCAGCUGCCCGGCGCGUCACAGCUGAAGUCCUACCUGCCGGAGACAGACUCUUCCUUUCAACCAGAUGGAAUCCACGUCCAUGGAUUUUAUGGGCAGCUCCAGACGUUCUGCCCCCCGCAGUACCCAGACUCCCAGAGAGCCGUGCUGCCCAGCAGCUCCUGCAGUGUGGCGCCUUCCUUCGAGGACUGCCUGGCCCCCACGCCCAUGGGGCAGGCUGGCUUUGACGUGUUCCACAGGGCCUUCUCGGCUCACUCGGGCAUUGCAGUGUAUGAUUUGCCGUCAGCCUCCUCCAGCCUCUUCGGGGAGUCUCUGCGCACCACGCCCGACGACGCCACGUUCUUGCAGCUCAGCGCCGUGGACCGCUGCCCCAGCCAGCUCUCCUCUGUCUACACCGAAGGCUAAAGGCUCCACUACCACUGGCCUCCGGAACCUUGUGUCGCUUGCCACCUCGUACCUUCACACCCUCACUGACCGCACGGGAAGGCCGCCAGCCGUGUCCGUGGGCCCUGCAGCGUCACCGGCGGGACCGGGCCGGGCCACCUCUCCAGGACUGUGUGCGGUUGCUGCUCUUUCUCUCCAGCUUUGCUGGGACCUGCAGGACUGUCUCUUCAAAGGGAAUUUAGACUCGCUCUCCCGGACACCUGUUCCUUCCAGCCGUCAGCUCUCAAAGGACACCGUUGAAAUGAUGCACACGUGGAAGUGCAGUCUGGGGACCCCGCGGCACAAAACUCCAAGGAGGGAAGGAAAGCCCGGGGUGGCCGAAGCCCGGAGAACUGCACCAGAUGAGCGAACUCUGAGCUGAAGCUCUGCCCCCCUCGGGCUCUGCUCUCAGAGGAGCCCCGUGCCCGGUGCCCAGCGAGCUGGCCGCCUCUCCGCCCUGCCUCCCCCCGCGCUAACCGAUCCCUUUUCAGUAUUUCUCCAGAAGCAACCUGAGGUUCUGUUAGCACCGUCCCCUGAAAGGCACUCCAACCUGUUUUAUAUUCCAGCAACUUAUCUUAGUUCUUUUAUGCUAAAGACUUGUUAUUUACACCUACUUUUAAAGGAAAAAACAAUAUUUAGAGGUCUGUUCUUUUUAUGGAAAUAAUUAUCUUAAUCACCCCAGCUACACCCAUUUUUGCCCCAGCCAGGGCUCCGCCUGGGUCCGCCCCUUGCAGCACUGGGGAGCCGCCCCCAGAGUGGUAGUUUUGCACUGAGCAAAAGCCGCCUGAGGGAAAUGGGGUGCGCCCACACACCCCCUUCCCGCUACCGUAGCAGAAACCCUGGUGGGCUGACUGUGUGAGGCGACUCCCCGUUGAAGAGCGAAGACCUUGUUCAGUGGAAAGGGUCGUUGAUUGGUGGACCCUUGGCCUCCGCCCGUGCCCAGGUUGUGCUAGAAGACAUGGGAACAAGGACACACCGAGUUGAGAUCCUGGGUUCUCUCAGAAAGCCAAACGAGAGGGGCCCAAUGUCCAGUUAUUUUGCACAGCCUCUCUUGCCUCCGUUAGGAUGUCGGCUCCUCCGUCCGUCUGUCCCUCCCUCUUCGCUCCUCUCCCUCCUUGCCUUGUCACCUUGCUCCUGUCUCUGUUCCACUCGCCCACGGCCACUGCCCGCCCGGCGCUCCUGGCAAGGUCUGCCCAGGGAGGCGGGAGGAGGGAAGGAUCGGGCAGCAGAAGUUCACUUUCCCCUGAAACCCUGGUUUGAGGGCCUGGAAUUGCCACGGAGCCCUUGGUCGUUUGGUAGCAAACCUGAAUAGGAAGCCACUCUCUGCGAUGCGCUUACAAAGCUAUUAAAAAGCACCAUUUAAGUCGUGCUCAGAGGCCACAGAAAGUAGCCAGUCCCCAGAGAGGCCUGGUAAACUCUGGCGUUCCAGAACUAUCCUGUUUCUUUUCUCUCUCCUCAAGGAUGUGCUCUGAACACAAGUGGAACAGCGCAGUUUGCCCCACUGGGUCAGCACCGGCUUCAGGAAGAGGUAACCGGCCAGGCGUCCAGACAGGCCGGUCCUCCCAGCCGGGCCCCGCGGUCACUCGCGUGCUGCCUGGCGAGGACUGAUCCCAGCAUGUCACGUGCUGGGGGGACUAAAGAGCCACGUGUGGGGUCCGCUGUUACGGUGCGCGAGAUCAGCCGACUAGGGGGCUCUGAUCUGAGAAAGGCCACCGUGCGGGCGGCCGGGCCCACGGCAGGGCUAAGGCACCCACCUUACACAGAUGCGCUCUGCGUUCCGAAGGCAGGCCUCCCUCCCGGGGGGCUCUCGGCCCCCGCCCGCCCCGCGGGCUUCGUGGGCUGCAUCAGGUGGCCUGAACCAGGACACCUGCAUGCCAACUACCCUCCCUUGUGUGUCCUUUGUCACACUCUUCAGAGGAAGGUGAAGCCCCGGUAUCUUUAGAGAGAUAGCAUGGACGUCCUCAAACACGGAAGCUCUCGUGGGGAGCUCAGAGCAUGCUGCGUUGGUGCGACGAGGGAGGAAAAAGAUGACAAAAAGCAGGGCUCUUAAUGCAGUGAUCUUGGCCGCGCUUUGCGGCUUUUCUAUAAUUUACAGGGACAGGAGCAAGGAGGGCGAAGCCAGAAGCUGCGUCCGGGCCCAGUGUGGCUGCGAGGUCAGCUGUCCCCUCACAUCCCCGUCAUGUGUGUCCCGGGAGCUUCGGGUUAGAGUCAGGGCCUCAGGGCACGACCCACUCGGGCUCCUCGUAGAUGGCACCGGCUGUCCUUAGAGUCCCGAGUCUCACCUGACCUUAAAAUCUGUCCCUUGCUUGCUUCCAGCCUUGCACGAGAUUCAUAUCUGCAGUCAUCACUAUGUCUGUAGCCAGCAGAAGCGGAAACUUCAAAACACUCAUUCCCUUCCAUUUCCUGCCCUUUUCGGUCUCGAUAUGUAACCAUUUUCAUAAACAUCUGAACGGAGAUUGUCAUUCCCCUUUUUUUUGGAAAAAAAAAAAAAACCUGGUGCUCGUGAAAAUACACACAGCCCAAAGCCAAUUAUCCUAUUACAUUAAAAAAAAAUCAGCCUGCUUAGAGACA